AAUUAAACAGUUUGCAGUGCCACAAUGACGUCAUCUCUGUUUCUCCUCCUUGCCCUGGUGCUCCCGGCCUUGACCCUGGCCAUUGACCUCAAACCCUACAACGAGACGGCCCACGGAAUGUUCAUAUCUACCGACUCCAACAUGGACGGCGUUCUGUCCAGGGAUGAGCUGGAUGCUACUUUCAAGGGUUACGACACAAACGGCGACGGUCGCGUGUCUCGUCAUGAGUACACCAGCUUUGUGGACCUGCACUCACCCACACUGCACAGUCUCAGCCACGCCCUCUACGACAUCUAUGACGUAGACGGUGACCACCACCUGGACAAACAUGACUACGACAACUUCUACGCGCUCAUUGACGGGGAUGGGGACGGCACGGUGGAGGAGAUUGAGUUUAUCAAAUACUGGUCAGUUCUGUUUGUGAACUUGGAACAUCUGCACGGCCAUAACGGGCGAUAAUCACCAGUUCUGACUUGGGCUGUGUCAAAGUUCAUCUCAGAGUUUAUUAAAAUCGAAUUCUCAACAACGA